GUGAGACAAGAGACAAAGCUCAUGUACUCAUGUGAAUGAUGCGAGCGCGAGUUGGGUUGAUUCAACGAGAGAUUACCAACUCUCGUGAAGUUUUCCAGUCUGGUUAGAGCUGUGAUAGUAGAUUAAGUUCAUGGGCAAUAAUGGACCCGAUUAGUGCCAGUUGCUUCAGUUUAAACAUACAAGAAAACAGGAAGGCCAUCAAAGAGGAGAAAAAACAAGAUGCGAAAUUCCAAGAAAUCAUCGUCAGUUGCAAAUCGCUCAGUCAUUACGAUGCGAAAACUUUCAAGACUCUACUUCCGCAGGUGAUAGCCUCCCUGUUCGCCGCCUCCCUGCACGUCGCCGUCGGCCUUUCUCUCUCCUUCUCCGGCAUCCUGGUGCCCGGAUUGGACAAGGCGCUCCAGAACGGCACCGACGGCGACGGCGAGGUCUACGCCACCAAGGACCAAUCGGCCUUCAUCGCCAGCGUCGCCGUCAUGGUGGUGCCCAUCGGUUCGAUAAGCGCCGGCUUCGCGAUGGACGCGUGGGGACGCCUGUGGGCCGUCCGGUGCUCCAUAUUGCCCACCGUCCUCGGUUGGUGUUGCAUCGCCAGCGCCAACGACAUCACCAUGCUCAUCGUCGGUAGGAUAUUGACCGGAUUCGGAACAGCUUGGGGAAGCAUCCCAGCGACCGUAUACAUAACAGAAAUCGCCAGAGCAGAUAUGAGAGGAUCCCUGGUGGUAGCCGCUCCAUCUCUCGCUUCGCUCGGUAUGCUGUUGGUGUUCCUGCAAGGUUGGUUCCUGCAUUGGAAAACGGUGGCGUGGUUGUCUAACAUAUACGCCAUCUUCCCGAUAGUGCUGCUGUUUCUGAUACCCGAGAGCCCGCCGUGGUUGGUGUCCAAAGGGAAGGUCGAGGAGGCCGCCAAGAGCCUCAGGUGGUUGAACAAGUACCAACCCCAACCGGAAAACAGACACGAGUCGUACGCGGAGCUGCAGCUGCACCUGUUGCAGAAGGAGCACCAGAAGAAGCAGGAGGAACAGACGCGAUUGGGCCACACCGGUCGAUUGGAUAAGUUCAAGGAGUUCCUGAAACCCACCGGUUACAAGCCGUUGCUCAUCAUCGCCGGAUUGUUUUUCUUCCAACAAUUCGCCGGCAUCUACAUGACGCUCUUCUACUCCGUCACCUUCUUUCAGGAAGUGGGAAGCACCAUGGACCCUUACCUAGCAUCGACGUUCCUGUGCUUGAUACGCAUGCUGAUGGCCUGCUCGAACACGUUCUUCCUGAAGACCUUCAACAGGCGCGCUUUGCUGAUAACCAGCGGCUUCGGAAUGGCCUUUUGCAUGGGAAUGUCCGGAUUGUUCACCUACUUAUUCAACCACGGUCGUACCACCGUCACCUGGCUGCCGCUGAUGUUCCUGCUGCUGUUCGUCGUGGCCUCGAUGAUCGGCUUCCUGCCCAUUCCGUGGACGAUGACGGCGGAGCUGUUCCCGCUGGAGAUCCGCGGCGUCGCCAACAGCAUCGCCUACGGCGUCGGCAACCUGCUGAUGUUCGCCUCGAUCCAGAGCUUCUGGAACCUGCUGGACGCGUUCGGCGGGUACGCCGGCGUGCAGUGGUUCUUCGCCGUCAUCUCGCUGCUGGCGUCGCUCUAUACCUAUGUUUUCGUGCCGGAGACGCACCGGAAGAAGCUGAGCGAGAUCACGGAGUACUUCAAGGAGAACGGGGUGUACGUUUUGUCGCUGAGGAAGGCGCCCGGGAAGGGCGCGAGGGCGGUGGAAGUGGACGCGGCGGCGAGGGAGAACGGGCAAAGCGAGAAGUUGAUAAGGAGCGUUUGAUUGGAGUUUGCAGGUGGAUGUCUAAUUCGUGUUUGACUGGGUGGACUGAGGAAAAGUUAGCCUACUUACAGGUGGUGUUGAUUAAAAGAGAUUUUGAUCGAAUACCUUUAAAACGAAGCUUUGAAAAACUUGUAUAAGCUGAUUAAAUGGGCUACUUUUCAUUGGGACAUCCUGUAUUUUUAAUUUGUAUAAAAUAAUAUAUUGUUUGAGAUUUUUUUUUCUAUUAAAGUAGGUGGCUCGAAAUUUUGAAACAAUGAGGAUUAAUUAUGUUUUAAAUUCUUCUACUUAAUCUUUUUAUUUUUUUUAUAAUAUUUAGC